GGAGGGACUAGCGAGUGUUAAAACGAAGUGGUUUAAAGUUUUUCUGUUUACCAUUUUCAGAGAUCACUACAAGGAAUGGAGGGAUAACCUACUUGGAUAGUCGUCCUUAGAUCAUAGUUGAAAAGCGUCGAUUUUCAAUUAGAAAUCAUCAUGUGUGAUGCAUAAUUUCUACAGAACAUGCGUUGAACUGAAUUACUUUUAUUUCUUCUUUCUAGGUAGGGACAGUGUUUUAGCCAGUUGGACCCAUUGCAGCUUUCCGGUCUAUGCACUAUGACUUGCAGUAAGGGGUAGUGGCUUAGUGUUGAUAUUCCUGACAAGUACACCACAGUUAUAGUUACCCUCAGCUCAUUCCCUUAAGAUCCUGCCCCCCUCACACAUACACACACACACACACACACUCUGUCUCCCCCUCUUUCUCCUCCUCCUUUUGGUCCCUCUGUAUGUGCUGUCUUCUCACUGUCUGUGUGCAUUGUAAUGGAUGGUGUGGAGGACAGUGUCAAUUCUGCCUACGUGCCUGUUGCUCUCCACUCUCACAUGUCUGAGGACGAGGAGGCUGAGUGCCAAGGCCCCGAUGAAGAUAGGGCUCCACUGUUGCCCAAACACCCCACAGGGCCUCUGGCUGUUCGUCAUAGCCCAGAAGACUCGUACUGCAUGGUAUAUGCCAUAUUCUUCCUCAUGGGAAUUGGCUCCUUACUGCCGUGGAACUUCUUUAUCACAGCUAAACAGUACUGGCUGUUUAAGUUGAGCAAUGGCUCUGACCCUGCUGGACACAUAGAGCCUCGCUCUGACCUCAGCGACUAUUUUGAGAGUUAUCUAGCCAUCGCCUCUACUGUGCCAUCUGUGCUAUGUCUUAUACUCAACUAUCUGCUGAUUAACAGGCUGUCCCCCGAUGUACGAAUCCUGUCCUCCUUGUUUGUAAUCUUGGUGGUGUUCAUUGUGACCACUGUGAUGGUAAAGGUGGAUGUGUCAGCCUGCAUCAGCCAGUUCUUCACUGGGACUCUGGCCAGUGUGGCCCUGGUCAGUGGAGCCUCUAACCUCUUCUCUGGCAGUAUGUUUGGAAUCAGUGCACAUUUUCCUAUGAGGAUAUCGCAGGCUCUUAUAUCAGGCCAGGCAAUGGGGGGCACCAUAAGUGCUGUAGCAUCCGUGUUGGACCUGGCUGUUGCCAAGGACGUGACAGACAGUGCCUUUUUUUACUUCCUGACUGCUGAUAUGUUCAUCCUGCUCUGCAUCAUCAUGUACCUGAUUCUGCCUAAGCUGGCUUAUUCACGGUACUACAUGUUGGCAGGUUCAUGUACCAGUCCAGGAGCUCUCUCAGAGGGAUCUCUGCCCCAGGAAGACGCUGAUGGGUUGAGGGCAUCUGCAGGCACAGUGCCUCCUCUACGGCCCAUCCUGAGGAAAACUUGGGUACUGGGUCUGUGUGUCUUUUAUGUGUUCUAUGUCUCCAUCAUGGUCUUCCCUGCUGUCUCCUCGGGCAUUCAGUCAGUGCACAAGGAUACAGGAAGUCCCUGGACUAACACUUACUUUGUGCCACUCACUAGUUUCUUCCUCUACAAUGUGGCAGACUUCUGUGGGCGGCAGGCCACCUUCUGGCUACAGGUGCCUGGUCCGACCAGCAGGUGGCUUCCUACCCUAGUGGUGUUGCGUACCAUCCUGAUCCCCCUCCUUAUGUUCUGUAACUACCAGCCCAGGGACCACCUUCACACAGUACUGUUUACCCAUGACCUCUUCCCUGUGAUCUUCACCUGCCUACUGGGUAUUUCUAAUGGCUACCUUGGCACCCUGCCUAUGAUCUAUGGGCCCAAGGUGGUGCCACAGGAGCUGGCAGAGGCCACUGGGGUGGUCAUGUCCUUCUUUCUAACUCUAGGAUUGGCAUUGGGCUCAGCCUUUUCAGUGAUCAUUGUCCACUGCAUUUGAACUUGUGAUGGAGGACUUCUUUAUGAAAAGCAAUACUACUGUACAGGAAAUGUAUUGUAACACCAAUAACACAAAACCUUGUUAUUGGUUAUGACUAACUUGGCUCUGAGGGCAUAAAGGCAUUGAAAUGAUGAACUCUAAAUUCAUACUCUAAAGGACCCACUUCGGGCUAUUAUGUGCAAUUUGCCAGGGCCGUACCAAUUUUCCUGGAAUAAGUGCUCCCUCUUCUGGUUAGUUCUUGGUGCACGGUGAACCAGCCAAGCGCGUAUCAUGAGUAUGUGAGAUGUAUCUUCAGAGAACCCAUGGAAGGGACUACGGCUCAUUUCACGCCAUAAUGCAGUUGUAUGCAUGGGUGUAUUUUAAUGUGGUUAUGAAUAUCCAAAAUGGAUACCUGUUGGUCAUUUCAACAGAUGUGUUAGGUCUGGUCUGCUGGUGUAAUGAAUGUCCUGAUUUUAUUAUGGAAUUUCACUCAGUUUAAUAAAACUAUUCCAUCAA